GCUGCUAUUCCUGGACCUGAGUGUGUUUUUCCAGUCGCACAGAGGAGAGCGGGCUGAGAAUGUCCUCGUGUCAGGCUCGUUCAUUUCCCGCGUUACAAAUACUAAAAGUGGAUACAUUGCACACAACGCUGGGCUCGAGUUCAUCAGGCUCCAGAUAAACAUGUCCUCAUCGUAUGCUGCUACGAUAGCAGCGCUGAUUACAACAAACUCUUAUAAUCCACCCAUCAAAACCAGGACCCACGCCACUUCUAACACAGCACGGACUCGUAAGCCUAGCCAGGAUCACCGCUGCCCUCAAACUGUACAGAGGAAUGCUGUUUCACCUGAGCCUCAGGGAUUUUACGAUGAGCAACAGGAGAAUCCUGCUGACUAUUGCAUAGGUGGUUACUACCCUGUAGAGAUUGGAGACAUUUAUGUUGACCGUUACCAAGUUGUUAAAAAGUUGGGAUGGGGUCAUUUCUCUACUGUGUGGCUCUGCUGGGAUAUGGUGAAAGGGCAAUUUGUGGCUCUGAAGGUGGUGAAGAGUGCUCAAACAUUCACAGAGACGGCACUGGAUGAGAUCAAACUUCUGAAAUGCGUAAGAGACAGCGACCCCAAAGAUCCUAAACGAGACAGCAUAGUCCAGCUCAUUGAUGACUUCAGGGUGACUGGAGUGAAUGGAGAGCAUGUGUGCAUGGUUCUGGAGGUUCUUGGGCACCAGCUGCUGAGGUGGAUCAUCAAAUCGAACUACACAGGCCUCCCUCUUCCCUGCGUUAAGAGCAUCCUCAGACAGGUUCUUCAGGGUUUAGAUUACUUGCACACUAAAUGCAAGAUCAUUCACACAGACAUCAAGCCAGAAAACAUCCUUCUGAGAGUGGAUGAGGUUUAUGUUCAAAAGCUCGCGGCCGACACCAAGCUGUGGCAGAUGCCCAGGUCUCCUGUAUUCACCAGCACCUCAGUGAACACAGUUUCCAGAGAAAAACAGAGUGCGCCCAAGUUACUCGGAAAGCUGACUGGGGUUUUCCACACUCUUGGGGAGUGGUCCAGCAGGAUUUCCAGAAGUCCAAUUAAGCGACUGACGAGGAAAGACAGAAGCCGACGAGGCAAGCCUGAUGUGUCCGUUUCUGUCGGUGCUACCUCUAGCACCCAUGGCUCCACUUGUCACUCUAAGCUAACAGGUUCUAACAUCACUGUAAGAAGACAGACUCUGCUGUUGGAAGACAGAUUGAAUUUAGCUGCACACAGCCUCAGAGACUCCUUCUGCUCGUGUCCAGACCUCAGCACAGAUGCUGCUGUCUCUGGAUCCAGAUCAUUGUUAUUACAUCAAACUGCAGACAGAGAUUCUCUGCUACCUUCACCAUCAUGUCCACAAGGCACCAGUGACUCAGAUGUUAUUCUGGACCUACUGAAGCCUCACAAUGCUGACAAAAUCCUCAUCAAGAUUGCUGAUCUAGGCAAUGCCUGCUGGGUGCACAAACACUUUACCGAAGACAUCCAGACGUGUCAGUAUCGUUCUGUGGAGGUCCUGAUUGGUGCUGACUAUGGCACACCCGCUGACAUCUGGAGCACUGCCUGCAUGGCUUUUGAAUUGGCCACAGGGGACUAUUUGUUCGACCCACAGUCAGGAGCCACAUUUUCCCGCGAGGAAGGUUUGUGGUGUACACAAAUUUCUCUUGUCCUUGAUUUAUGUGCUUAUAGUACGGUGUGUACUCAUGUCCUUUCAGAUCACAUUGCCCACAUCAUUGAGCUACUAGGACCUCUUCCAUCAGAGUUUGCCCUCUCAGGGAGAAAUUCUAAACGAUAUUUCAACUCUAAGGGACAUCUGCGACACAUCUCAAAGCUGAAACCAUGGGGCCUGUUUGAGAUCUUGCUGGACAAAUAUGAGUGGUCACGGGAGGAAGCUUUACAGUUCAGUUCCUUUCUCUUGACAAUGUUGGAACUGCUGCCAGAGAAAAGAGCCACAGCUGCCCAGUGUCUAACUCACCCCUGGAUUGCCUUCUAGACACACUGGCUUUGUGACAUUUAGAGCCCAGUGAACUAUCUCUGUGAUGGGAUUUGGUCAGCGGUGGGUGUAGCCUGGUGCUGGCAUCAUGAGCACAGCUUUUGAUAAUGUUUAUUAGCCUGACUUGGGUUGUUUGGUCUUUUGUUAGCUGUCUAAGUUAGGCAAUGACCAAAGUACAAUUUUGUCCUACAAGAAAAGUGCCUCAAACCAAGCGUACAAUAUCCUUAAGUUUUGAUAACAGAACAGAAGAUUUGUUUUAUUUUUUCUUCUAAAAAAGCAAAUGAAGACCUCCCCUUCUUUAUACCCAAGUAUUGAAAUGGCAACAGUGUAAAGCAGGAUUUAUUAUCCCGCAAAUAUGUCCAUCUGCGUACACAUUUCCAUUUGGGCAGAGGGGGGAGAAGGGUUUUCACCCACCCCAGAUGUGCUCCAGUGCAGUCCUCCAAGAUCCUAACUGCAUGUCGCUGGAUGCAGAUGAUGUAAGCAUCUGCUGAAUGCUGAUUGGUUGACAAGUGGGCUGGAAAAGAGAAGGGAGCAACAGCAGAGUUCACCAGGAACAGGAGAUAAAAACUUCAAAGAUAAAAAAAAAUGCGUAAUGAAAAGCACAGAGAGUGGCUACAGUGGACAUGUUUCAUUGCUUUUACUACUCUGUUUCACUUCACCUCUUUCUAUGUUGUAACUUUGCUUUUCUCUGUGGCUGGUUGAUGGAAAAACAACAACAUGAGCGACCCACAGACCAGUUGUACCACAUAUUUGUAUACUGCCUCCAUCUGGCAACAGAGCUCUCUGCAGGCAGAUGGGCAGUCCCUGAACCAGAGUAGACAACAAAUGCUCCCUCUGCUAGCUUAUAAAUCCCACUUAGGUCUGAGGUGUAGAAGGGGUGUCUUCACACAGCUCAAGUAUCAAAUUAAAAUUAUGAAAUGUAAAUAGGAUAAUUACCCACUAAGAAUAUCAGGGCAAACACCUACAAAUGAUAAAGGUGAUUUAAUCAACACACAUAUUUAACCCUAAUAAAUGAUGAAAUGCUAUGCACAACAAA